AGUAACUUAGCGAUCCUAACCUGGCUCGUCUGGCCUGGGGCAGCGCCGACAGAAAACUGACGGGACUCGCGGGACUGACCCUCAGAGCCCUCGACCUGGCCUGACUCCCAGAAACGGUGCCUCUCCUCUCCUCAGCCAAGCCGCCAAUCCCUGCACCGAACGAAUUGUCAGAACAUGGGGGGCGAGGAAUUCUUCAUCACCUUCCUUUAUCUUCGCGCAUAUCCUCAGUCGUGUCCCUCAUUAUCUUCUAGCAAUUAUGAUACAGUACAGUACAUGCAGGUGAGUAUUCUUUCUUUUUUUUUUCCCCUAUCUUGCUGUGAUGGGCCACAAUGCACCUGGCUCCCGGAUUUGUGCUUUUGCGCUCCGAUUUAUAUUGACAGGGAUGGGUGCACGCCUCACAUGGUCAAAAUGCGACAUCCCUUUACCUCCUAAGCCAAUCAUCGGGCCACCAGGAACUUCGAGGUUGGAAAAGAGCCACGCCCCACCCCUUAGAUCGCACCCGACCCAAUGAUCCAAUGACCCGACGACCCAGCUGGGCAUCUUGCAGACAGACGGCUAUCGGAACUCCCGAGUCAGCAAGUCAUCGAAGGUCGACCAGGACGACAACACUUGACAGCAACUGAGCUGCUCCAUUGGAACUGUAUGGCCCGGUAGUUGCGGCUCAUAUUGAUGUGAACUGGCUUUCUGAAUGAGUACUGUGUGCGGCGAUAUUUGUAUCGAAAUUAUUGUUUGCGACCGAAGUCCUGGGUCCUUGCUGGACAUUUCGCUGGACAUUCGCUAGCUUCAUCCGAUAUCUGCCCGGCGCCGCUAACUUCCAUCAUUGCUCGACUUAAUCAACGUCACGCCCAAUACAAUCCGAUCCACCAACGAUCAUAACCAUAAGAAUGGCUAUCGACCGCCCUAUACCCGCUUUCUAUUGUUGCUAUCUCCUCCGGUCGACCAUUCGCGGUAGUAGUGUAUACGUGGGUUCGACACCAAAUCCCGUGAGGAGACUUCGUCAACAUAAUGGCCUCGCGAAAGGAGGUGCUGCCAGAACGAGUAGACCGAGUAUGAGACCUUGGGAGAUGACUUGUAUUGUGACUGGCUUCCCAAGCCAUAUAGCCGCGCUGCAGUUCGAAUGGGCAUGGCAAAACCCCCACAUAACAACUCACAUCCCGUCCGACUCUCGAAUACAACACGCCGUUGGUAAGAAGAGGUCCGGGCAGCCCAAACGACCCCGUCACACCGUCUCCUCCCUCCUUUCAAACCUCCAACUCCUCCUCCGUGUAUCCUCCUUCGCCCGCUGGCCACUCUCUCUCCACUUCUUCUCCCCAGACGUCUACAAAGCCUGGACAAAAUGGUGCAAAUCCGCCGCUGAACCAAUCCAACCGACCAUACAUAUCAUCCAAGACUUCCCACCCACUUCUCCCGAUCAAGAACCUCGAUUUCCUGCAGAGAAAGGAAGUCCACGAUCCAAAAGACAAAAAUUGAGCCAUGGCAUAGAAGCUCUAGAAGUCGGAUACGAGACUUCGAAAGCACACGUUGAGAAGGCAAAGAAUGUAUUCGACUUCGAACAAGAAGGUUCAUGCGCAAUCUGUCAUGAUCAUCUCGAGCACGACGCGGGUGUUUACACUAUCUGCCCCACUCCUGGAUGCCAAUCUGUCACCCAUAUUACAUGUCUGAGCAAGCACUUCCUGAAAGACACCGAAGACGACUUUCUACUGCCAAUCAAAGGCACAUGCCCAAGCUGCAACGAGGAAUUGCGAUGGGUGGAUGUGGUCAAGGAACUAAGUCUAAGGAUGAGAGGACAGAAAGAAGUAGAGAAUUUAUUGAAAGUCAGGAGGUCUAGGAAGGGAAAGGGCACGUCUUCGCAGGCCAUCGUCGAGGAUUCAGAGGAAGAAGAUGACGACCUGGACGACGACGACGUUGACGAAGAAAUCGAGUUGCACCAGUUGAAAACGAGAAAAGGCAAAGGCAAAGGCAAAGCCAAGGCAGGAAAAGAACUCGGCGAUACAUGGCAUGCGCUCUCUGAAUCCUCAGAUUCUGACACAGGAUCGAUCACAAGCACUAUCUCUCAUACCCGGAACAAGCCUACCUCUACCAUUCAAGCGAGCUCAACGCAAACCAAGAAAGUCAAGACCGUAAUCGAAGAUAGCGACUGGGACGAUGCGGAUAUCAUCGACUAAAAACUAUCUAUGUCAGCGCAUCUCUAUCCUCACCCAUCCUACCAAGAAAGCUCCAGAAGGAAGACUUCUUCUACUUGUACCACAACACACCAUAUCACGUUUUUGUAGCGAGUUAUCAUGAUAUCUAGCAGCAAAGAAAAAUGCACCACACUCAAAAUACACCACUUAAACUUCAAGCGUAUGUACACAUAUAUGUGCAUGCAUAUACCCGUUUGGCUUGAAAGUGACUCGUCUUAAAGACCGGACGUAAUCGGGUACCUGCAGUUCCUGACGUCCAGCAACUCCCCUGUUGAUUCCAUUUUGAUCCGCCUCCGCCCACCAAUAGCAAAGCGAGCGCAUCGUUGGCUCCUCACCUCGGCUUUCUUUCCUUUCGCGCUGUCAGGAAACCUCGAUCGGUAAUGCAGAACAACAGUUUUCGAAAUUUCUAAUCAACUUGAUUUGCUACAAUAAGCAAAACUUCCCCGUUGACACUUUCUGGUGUCCCCAGCUUGGUUUGCGCCACAGGCUUCGCUUACUGAUGUCUACAACACCACCACCACCACCACCACCAAAUCAACGAAACUUCGUCCUACCUCAUGUUCAAUUUACAUAUAGACUUCCAUUAGGAGGCCAACGGAGGUCAUGCAUGAAUCACUUUACGACUUCUUCGUUUCACAGUGUAAGGAUAAUCGGCUUGAGCAGAACACAUCUCGCUGUAAUCACUUGCUGUGCAUUGCUCGACUCGCCGGGGAAAUUUACGUGCUUCACGUACCUUUCUCUUAAUAGCUCAUACAUAGGUAUUUCAGCUCACUUUCGGCAUGCUUCUGCAGUACCUGCUUCGACUGACUUCAAAUCGGUAACUUCAGCAUACAUAAAAUAUCAUCCGUCAGCUACCCCUCGAUCUAGCAUUGCCAAAUUACUACCUUCACAUCACA